UGAUAUUUAAUAUUAAAUUCCGUUGUGACACACCAACGUUUAAAUUACUAGUAUACGUGUAUUCAAAUUGUGGAUAUGGCCAGUGGAAUAGGAAGAAAUAUUUCGUCGGAGGAUUUGGACUUAGAUUUAUGCAAGACUGUAGUGAAAAUCGGCUCUUGUUGUAUAAAGGCGGAAAAGGUUUCACCACAAGAAAAAAGCAAAUUAGAGGAAGUAUAUCGAGAGGCACUGGACCAUAUUGAUUCACUCCGUAAAUGUUUUGAAGCUAAGAUUGGCAAACUGCAUUUAAGAGAGACUCCAGGCCGCAAAGAUCAUAAAGACAGCGGCAUGGAAUCUGGGACAUCCUCAGUGAUCAGUAAGCCCACAGACGAUACUGAUGAAACUGGCUCCGGUCUCUGUGACAGUCAUGUGCUGGCAACCAGCAUGUCACGUGCAAGUCUUCCACUGGAUUGACGGAUUACUUUCAGUAAACAAAGAACCGAUGGAACAAUAACAUCCUCGGACACAUUCAACAGUCAACAUUGUUAGUUAAACACAUAUAUGUAAUGUCAAUUCAGUUCUUUAUUGUUUGGAAAUCAUCUUCCAUUCUAUGUGACCAAGAUUCAUAAAAGUACACUAUGCUUUUUCUCCUGUUAUAUUUUUAGAAUGCAUUUAAUAUUUGGUUUUGUUAAGAAUAAACAUGAUUCGUAUAAAAUUUGACAGGUAUAACUGGAGCAUGUUUGUAGUAUGUUCAGGAAUUCGGAAAAUAAGGGCAAACUUCGUUGAUCUUGGGUCUGUGGGUAAAAUUUAAUUUUAAAUAAAACUUUCACCAAACAUCUCCAAUUAUAUGGUUUUAAUGAGGAUAACAUUUAAACCUUUUGGUGGGAAUUUUUAUGAUAUUGUUGUUGGACUUAAAUAAUUCAUGUGGAUUUAAUUCUGCGAACAUUUUAAUACCAGGAUCAUUAGUAUUAUUUUUUGGAAAUUAUUUCUGUAAAAUUGUUUAUUAAUGUAUUGUGCGGUUGUUGUUUAAAAUGUGUUGCUCGAUUAUAAUUCUCUUUUGUGUUUGGUGGUCGUAAAAACACCAUUCAAUGCUGUUUAUGCUGGAAAUACUCAUAAAUGUUCCCCAUG